AUGUUGCCUUGGGUAUUACCUGUCGUUCUCUUUGCCCUGUCCACUAAAAUAGUGAGGGCAGACAAUGCUUUUGCUGGAUGUUUCUCCAUCUUACCUUCAGCGACUACACAAGUAACAGGUACUUAUGCUUCAGCGUCAGAUUGUGAUACAGCAUGCCCCAACAACAAACAUUCAUUCUAUCAAAAAUCAUCACAAAAUUGUUAUUGUACAGAUAAAUAUCCUUCCGAGCAAUAUUUUCAGUCUGGAACAGCGGACAGUUGUGGCGAUCCAACUUAUUAUGAUGCUCGUAUCACUCAUACUUCUUUCGUCUGGCGACCCACUUGUUAUUCUACUGCUCCAUCAGGAAUCACUUUUAGUACUUUGACUGGACCUGAUACAUGCUUGAAAAACUGUGGGUCGUCUUUAGGAGCUACGUUCUACGUCAGCAGUGCUAAUGGAAAUUAUCAAUGUGGGUGCGGUGAGCCUACCAGUUUUGGAACGACCGCCGCUUGCGGUCCUGGAACCUACUUUUACUACUAUCAUACAGCAGCUCAGGCUUCUCAAGGUCUCAGCAGGAAAAGGCGAUUGGAGGAGGAAAGAAGGAGGAAAAUACCUCAAUAUUGUCCUUCGGGUUUCAGUGCAUGUUUAGUGAAUGGUGUCCAAGGCGCAUACGAGUGCAUCGAUUCGAAUACCGAACUUGAAGCUUGUGGUGGAUGUCUUCACGGUACGAUUGAUGGAAACAAUUCGACUGUAGGACAAGACUGCACGACUAUGGGAGCAGCUUUGGGUGCUACAACAUGUUAUAACGGUCGAUGUGAAGCAUACAAGUGCAAGUAUGGUUAUUCACUUGUUAAUCAACAAUGUGUAUUGCGAUCCACAUCUUCCAAAAUCGCAAAACCGAAGAUGAACACUAAGAAACAUCACAAAGAUCAUUUAUAG